AUGCCUUACUGCGCUGUUUCGAACUGUUCAAAUAAAAGUUCUUCAGAUAAUAUAAAAAAUGGAGGAAUUUCAUAUCAUGUAUUCCCGCAAUAUCAAUCUAUAAGAAAGUUAUGGAUUCUUGCAACUGGAAAAAAGAACUGGAGUCCGAAUAAAUAUAAUACAAUUUGCUCAAUGCACUUUCAAGCUAAUGAUUUCAAAAUUAAAGACGUAGGAAGAAAACGCAAGUUACACAAAUGGGCCUACCCCACUAUCGAAGUCUGGAAUUUACCAAAGAGUUCUUGUUUACCUCCUAACAAGGCGGUGAUAGCUGACAGAGAACGUAAAGACAUGUCAUGUUUGGUAGAAGAUAAAAAAAGUACCCUCAUAAGACCACUUAUCUCUAAAACUACCCUCAGCAGUAAAGAUGAAGCAAAAGAAUUAAAUCAGAUAGUAGCAUUAAGAAUACAACAUGUUGAAAAGGUCCAGAACUGUCAGACUGCUGAGAAAUCUGCAGAGGAACCAGAACCCCAAGUUCAAGAGGUACACGAGAUUGAAGAUCGUGAUCCUGCUAGCAACUCCGUGGAUAAAUCAGCAGCUGAACAAGUUCAAGAGAUACCGGAGGGCAAAAUGAUCAUCGCCAGGGUAUACCACUAUUUCAAAAAUGAGUACGAGAUUUUGAAGGCUUUUACUGGAAAUCAUUGGAAAAUGAAUCCGUUAGCUAACUACCUCCAACGUACAGCGGAAGCCACUGGAGUCAGUGCACAGGCCGUCACCAUGAUUGUGGAAGACAAAAAGAAUUAUGCCGGGUCGGAACAUGUGCCUGUUCAAGAAAAAGGUGAUGAGAAAGAACCUGAAGUGGAUAGUAAUGAUGAAGGAAGGAGUUCACCUCUUACCUUCGAUAUGUCUGCUGGAGGCAUAAAGAUUAAGGUAGAACACAUCGAUGAGAAGGAGUCUCAACUUGACUGUGCCAAUGAAAGUGAGGCUCUGAAACCUGUCAGGCGAAGAGCGACUGGCAGCAGCGUCAGAAGUAAACCCAGCGACGAGGAACAAUUGCCGUUCCCGUCCCCUAUUCAGUUGAGAGUACACGGGGUGAUGGAAACGGAAUAUAAGAUUGAAUCUGCUGAUGAUGAAUGCCCACCGACGAUAGAAGACGAUCCCCUCGAGACAGGGGACUCAGCUGAUCACGAAAACGUUGCCUUAACAUUAAGCAAAAUCAAAGAGGAAUCCGAUGAUGAUACAGAAAUGUUAACACUUGACUGUGCCAAUGAAAGUGAGGCUCUGAAACCUGUCAGGCGAAGAGCGACUGGCAGCAGCGUCAGAAGUAAACCCAGCGACGAGGAACAAUUGCCGUUCCCGUCCCCUAUUCAGUUGAGAGUACACAGGGUGAUGGAAACGGAAUAUAAGAUUGAAUCUGCUGAUGAUGAAUGCCCACCGACGAUAGAAGACGAUCCCCUCGAGACAGGGGACUCAGCUGAUCACGAAAACGUUGCCUUAACAUUAAGCAAAAUCAAAGAGGAAUCCGAUGAUGAUACAGAAAUGUUAACUAUGGAACAGAGUAUAAAUAUAAUGAUCUGUGACGCGUUGCAAACCUCCGUGGCGACGGUCCAUGUGAAGGCUGAACCAUCAUCUCCUGCAGACUGA